UUUUAAUGAGCUUACUUUUAAAUAAAGAAUAUUUUGGCUGAAAUGUUCGUGUAUGCCAAAAAUAGGUUAACAUAGUGAAAUAAAAGUUAGACACAUAGAAAUGUGACGUUAUCGUGAGCUAAUGAGAACGCGCCGGUGCUAGGGGGCGUGGACGGUAGAUAUCAACAUCCAAACCGAGUGGGCAACAUUUUCAAUUUUGUCGUUUUGAGAGUACUUACUCUGAUACUGGGGAUAAUGAAACAAAUCUUAAAUGAUUCUCUUUGUCACUAAUCUGAUCGAUAAUGACAAAUAAUAAGUUUUUGUUGAUUGGCAAAUAAGUUUGCGUUUGUUAAUAACCUAACUUUUUUACCGACCCUCAUGAGUAAUUUACACAACUUGUUAAAAUUUAUAACGCACACACCGGAAGUGUAUUAGCAACACAAGACAAGAGACGAGAAAGUCGAAAGUUGGAUGAAAGUUGUGAAUCAUUUCAGUCUGUGUUUGGGACAGGACUGUUAAUUUUUGUAGCAAAUAGUGAAUUUAUAUGCUCUUUUUUUCUAAAUUAUAACAUUUAUUUGGUUUUUAGAUAAAUAAAUAUGUGACGACAUGGAGAAAUAUUUUAAUUUUAAAAACAAAUCGAAGCAAAAUAGUGUUUACUUUUGCCGAGCAUUUGACAGGGUUGAUAUAAAUUGGAAAUGAUUUUUCUGUUGUGUAAAAAGAUACAGUAGAAGAUGUUGGUAUAUUUGAAGAAAUGUGGUUACAGACGCAUGUCACAUGUCACAAAUAUGAAAUAUUGCACGGAUAAUUUAAGUAAACAUGCUAUGGUUUAAGGGUUUAAUUUGAAAUGGCAAGUUCUAAGAAAUCCCUAACAGAUAAAUUUACCAUGGAGUCAAAACAAAAAUCUCCUGGGAAAAAAUCGAAGAAAGGGUCAAAAAUUUCAAAGUCACUAUCAAGGGAACUGUCUGGUUCAUCAUCUCCAGUAAGUGGAAAGAGGAAAGCUCAGAAAUCUUCUAGUGAUUCUUUAGUAGUAAGCAAAUCUAAGGAAGAGUAUUCAAGUGGUGUACUUGACACAGGUGCUUCAGUUGAAGGCUCUGCAGUGCAAGACAAAGGUCAUGAAUUAGCUGCAUCCAGAGAUAAAACUCCUGAGCCAAUGGAUAUAGAUACAGAAAAGCAUGUACAUAUUGAGAAGUUGGAUACAUCAUUAGAAGCCAAGUGGAUCAAACCAGAUGAUGAUGCUGUAUUUUUUGCAACACCUGAGACCCCUAAAGCAUCAUCACAGAUUUCUAAUACUACAACAUCAAUCAAGCCACCAAUGUUGAGAUCAUCUUCUGAAUCUCUAUCAAGUAAAGUAAAUAAUCCAAGAAGUGGAGAUGGUUAUUCACCAUCAAACAGAAGGAAGCAUUCAGCAUCUGCAGUUGAAGCUUUGAAAAAGUCUGUAUCUCUUGUAUCUUCCAAUUACAGUACAGACUCCCUGGCAAGUGAAAUGGAGUCCUACAAACUUGGAGGCUCAAGAAGCUCAAGUGCUAGUGACAUUGACACACUACGACACUCUGACAACAAUAGCUGUGAAGAAAUUAACAUCGGGGAAUGUAGUUCAACAAGCACUCCUAUAAAGUUUGGUUUGUUUGAUGAGCAUAAGGAUACUCCUGCAACAGUUGUGAGAAAACCUCCAAAAUUUAGUCUUAUCAGAGAAGCUGCUUCAGAAGACUUUGACAGCUUAUCCCUGUCAUCAGACUACUCUCCAACUGCAACUACAACAAGUUUAAAAAGUUUUGAUGGACGAAAUCGCAUUGAUGAUUUUAGUGAUGAGAGUGAUUCGUCUAGGAUGAAAGAGAGUUCAGAGUUUAGUGAUGACCCAGAUUACCAUAGUCAUGUCCACUUUGUACCACUCAACAAGCAGCUUCAAAUUGUUACUUCUAUGGAUAGACUAAUGGACAGUAGAAGUCCCAGAAGACGCUCGCACUCACCACCCAAGUCCAAUGAUCAGGGUUUACACCAUCAUCUGCCAGCAAGAUUACAGUUUGUAGACUUUAUGAGAUCCAAUGGUCUGUCAACCUACCUGUACUACCUGCCCGCUGAUAUGACACUAGAAAAGUUCAG